GCAAUGUUCAUGGUACAUCCAUCUAUACAUCAAUUGGUCUCCGUUGAAUGUGACGGAAGAUAUUUGGGACCACCUGAAUCUCCGACUUCGUUGGUAUCGAUUGAUGCUCACACGGACUGUCGAUAUUUAAAUGGUUGGUAUCAUCUGAAGUAUGAUGUGUUCUGUCAAACGCCGCUUUCUACGGCCCUGGACGCAUGUUGGGGGCCUUCCCUGAGUUUGAGCACUCUACUUACUUCGAAGCUACGAACGGUCCUGCGAUCCUAGGACUCGUAUUAGGAGGAGGUUAUUUAUAAGAGCUCGUGACUUUUCGAUCACUGCAGCAUUGGUGCUUGACGUUUUUUUUCCCAGUCCAAGAUGAUUGUCAGUGCUUCCUGUAUCCAAAGGCUCCGUGUCCUUGCGAGAUAAGUAUAAGGGACCUGUACAAGAACGUAACCUUCUCUAGUACGGAAUUACAACCCCUCUCUAACACGAUGCCUUACUACGGUCCCGAUGAACCGUACAAAACCAUCAUGCUCGAGCGCUACUUCCUGGCUGGAGAUGUCGUUGUUGGAUUAGGCUUCGGAAUCCAAACUGUGCUCUAUGUAUCCUGCGCAACGUACCUUUGGAAGCGCCGAAAGCAAAAUCCAAUCGCUCUCUUCCUACUCGCAUACAUCACGUUGCUUUUAUCGAUUGAGGCUAUCUUUGUCGGGGUUCAGGCCAAUACGGUGCAAAUGAUAUACAUCGACAACCGCAACUACCCAGGGGGUCCAUGGCAAUUCUUCCUCGACACUCAGAACCUAGCUGUGAACGUCAUAUUCUACGCAACACUGUUUGUUAUGACCUUUUUGUCCGACAUACUAGUGCUGUGGCGAUGUUGGGUUAUCUGGACGGCAUCCGGUCAGAUCGUGGCAUAUGUUAUAACCGCCUUUCCUGCUAUAACACUCUUGGCUUCCUUUGUAAUGGGAACGUUGUGGACACUUCAGUCCAGCCAGCCCGGGCUCUCCUUUUACAGUGCCUUGCCUCUUGCCUACGGGACAUCAUAUUAUUCGAUAUCUCUCGGCUUGAACAUCAUUCUCACCAUUCUCAUUAUUCUACGACUCUACAUGUAUCGCCGUAGACUCCUUACGAGUCUUCCCCCCGAGCAUGCCCAUCAUUACGUCUCACUCGCUACCAUCAUCAUCGAGUCUGCUGCACUCUACUCAAUUUUCGCUAUUUUGUUCCUAGUCACCUACGCCGUGGGGCACCCAUCUAAUCAAAUAUUCCUGGGUGUCGCUUCAUCGACCCAGCAAAUUUCAGGUUACCUUAUCAUAUACCGUUUGGCGGAAGGUCGAGCCUGGAAGAAGAGCACUCUCAAUACGCUACCCUUGACGUCUAUGAACUUUGGCAGUCCACCUGUCUGCGCAGAAAGCGGCACUGCGACACAUCUAGGAACCAUUCAGUUACACACUCUACCCGCUAACAACGGAGCGAAAGAGGAAGACAAGUCAACUGACGAAGAUGUUUGAUGGGAUGAUUAGAUUUACAGUCACGGUUUCUCACAAGUAUAUGCGCUUUGAUCCUGUGUUUUCCACAUGUAACCUGGUCUCGAGUAAUAUCUAUACCCCUUGCUUUAUCACAGAGUCUGCCAGGGUGAACGA